UCCAGCUAUUACUAAUACUAGCCUACUUUUAUUUACGUUUUGCCCUGCGUUGAAAAAUCCGGUUGCAGUUAUCAAUGUGUAGUUGAAUUGUUGAAAAAAAAAAAUUCCACUUUGGAAAAGACGGCACCAUGCUGGGCCUACGAACGCUGAGGAGCGCAUUUUCCAAACUGAAUCUUGCUUCUUUAUCUUCACCAUCGCUAGCUGAAGGUGCCAUGAAGCCAGCGAGGGUCCAAGGACUGGGUCAUCGUCAGAGGCCGCCCUUGGCCAUCUGCCAAGCAGCAAACACCUGCGGGAGGACAUUCGCUAGUUGGAGCAGCAGAUGGUCUUCUCCUCCGUUCCUCGGAUCCGUGGACACCACCAGAACCCAAGGAUCGAGGGGUCCUUUGUCCGCAGCGCCCCAAAUUCAGCUGGGUCCUGCACACAGUUUCUCCACAACAGACGCGAGGUCUGCCAGCCUGUACCAGAUGCACAAGAGAGGCCCUAUCAUCAAGAAACGGAAAAACAAGAAUCCUCUAGGAGACAAGCCCAUGGCUAGGGGCGUGGUGCUGAAGACCUUGAUCAAGAAGCCCAGGAAACCUAACUCAGCCAAUAGAAAGUGUGUCUUGGUUCGCCUCUCCACCGGGAAGGAGCUGAUCGCCUACGUGCCCGGCGAAGGGCACAGCUUGCAGGAGCACAACAUCGUCAUGGUGAGGGUAGGGCGUCUCCGGGACGUCCCCGGCGUCAAAGUGAAGUGCAUCAGGGGCGUAUACGACUUGGCCCACGUCGUCAAGAGAAAAACUUAGAAUUAGAGAUGUGAAUUGUUUUUUGUUUUUCAGGUAAAGACUACUACUAGUUCGCUGGUAUUCAAAGUUCGCGUCAAGAUUUAUUUGCGUCAUUAUCUCUUGGGUGAUGUUAAAAGUUCUUGUUAAAGGUAUUUUACGUAAUUACAUAAAAUAGUCACGUUGGAAUAAGCGUGUUUCUCAUUGUUCUUUCCAAGUGGAUUGAAAUAUACAAGCUAGGACUAUUUUUAUUUAUUAGUUUAUUAGUAAAGUUCGUUCAUUUCUGAUCAAAUAUUCACAUUUAAAUUUAUUUACGUAAUUAUUACAUAAAAUAUUCACGUUGGAUUAAACGUGUUGCAUUUUUCUUAGUGGAUUAUAUAUAUAGGUUCAAAGACGAACUUUUUGUUGAUUAGUCCAAUUCGAUAAUUAGUUGAAAUGUUUAAUGGACUACUUUGUAAAUCUUAAUAAGAACUUAUCAUUAAUUGUCUUAAAUUAAAGAUAUAUUUGAAGGUUUUUUUCGUGUUUGAUUUUUUCUUAAAUGAAAUAUAUAUUGAAGUUUUUCAUUAUUUUUUUCUUUAAUGAAAUAUAUAUUUGACUGUAUUUUAUCAUAGUUUCUGAAAUGGUACUUAUAUAUUUGAAGUUUUUUUAUAGUUAUUUUUUCUUAUUUGUUUGUAGUCAUUUUAUGUUUUUUUUAAGUAUUAUUCAUUAUAUAAGACCAGCUGUUUAUGAAUAUUAUCCUUGUUAUUAGCUAACUUCAUCUUGUAUAUAUUGCAAUGUUAGAUGAAUUUAGUUGUAUGAGUCAUUUAAAGUCUUGUUUUUUUUGAGCUGACUGUAAAUAACCCCAGCCGACAUCACUGUAGCUAAUCGUGAUUGGUGGAGGCUCAUGCACAGCGCCUGCUAUUGGUCAGAAUGAUAGCGUCUGUGGAUAUUUGCCGUCAGCACAAAAUAAAAAAAACAAAUAAAUAAAAUAAAAUGAAUAAGAACAUUAACAAGACUUAUUAGUGAUUUUUGAAUGUGAAAUCUUGGGUAGAGACUAGCGUAAAGUGACAUUUUGUAUAAAUAUAUAUCUGUUCAGA